ACUCUGAACUGAUAUUAGUUGCUAAUAGCUACUAUUUUUGCCAAAUCGAAAGGCCCUCUGGUGACUAAGCUGUGCUCUGGUUAUGUUUUUGACUCUGACAUUUGUAAUUUGCGGUUAUGUAGAUGUCAUAUAAUUUUAUUUUUUAUUACAAUUUUAAAAAUGAGUGUAAAAUAUUGGGGAGAAAUUCCCAAAGAACCAACCAACAGCUUCAUUACGCCUAAUGUUACUGCAGAUAUAGAAAGAUCGAUGGAUAAAUUUUGCUUGGCAGAAUACAAAGACGAUAGUGACAUGUUAAAAACCGAAGAACUUGUAUUACCUCCAAUGGAUCCGUUGGUAUUAUAUUCGAUUUCUUUACACAAAUAUGCCAACGACAUGACGGAAAUGAUACGAGUGGCAGAAUUGGCCACAGAAACAAAUUUGAUCCCACCAAAAGAUGCCGCACCACCGAUGCCCGUAAGGCCUGAAAUAGACAUAAGACACAAGAGAAAUAAUUUGAAUUACAUGCCUAAGGAUUGUACGCCUUUUACUUGUGGCUGGGACGUAGAAAUACCCGAAUUGAGUGAAAUUGUUGUGAAAAAACUACUUAGUAAAAGUGUAGCCACUCUGUUUGCUCAUGUAGGAUUUGAAACUACGCAUCAAAGUGUUAUGGAUGUUUUAACUGACGUGCUAGAAAGCUUUUUUCAAAAGUUUUGCCACAAAUUUGUCGAGGUAGUAGAUGAUGAAGAAAAAGGGAAGAAUACAGGUUUUCCUCAUGUAAUUGAGAAAGUUUUAGUUGAAACUGGCAUGGGAGGGGUGAAGGGUCUAGACGAUUAUUACUCUAACAGAGUUGUUAAAUACGUCAGCGUUUUACAGAAACGAUGUGAAGAACUAAAUGACCACUACGUUUUGCUACUCAUACCCAAAAGUAAUUCGCCUAUAGAUAAAUUCAGCAAAAUCGUUAGAGUAAAAGUUGAGGAAGAUAAAGACAUAAUGGAGAUCCACAACUCAGAGGUUCAUUUUGCUUCCCUCGAAGGUGAACCUUCUUUAUUGGAAACCGGAUAUCAAUUACUAAAUAGCUUAGAAGCUGAAGAAAAUUUGCAAAGUUUAGAUGCAACUGAAGAAGAUAUGGCUACUGCCGCGCUAGGUGCAGUUUCCAUUCCCUCGGAAACAGAAAUGUGUUCGCUGUCGCCAUUUGCUAAGAAGAAACGAUUUAAAUAAUUUUUAUUGGAGAUGUGUCAUAGUUAUAUGCAUUUUGUAUUAAUGUGUCAUUGUCAAAACGUCCAUGGUGAAACUGGCCUUUACACAAAUAAUAUCAGAAUGAAAAAGAAGAAUUUUUUUCGACUUUUCCCACAGUUUUGCUUUAGAUAUAAUUUAAUGUAAAUUCGCCACCACCCUAUUCUCCAAACAUGAUCCCUGUGACUUUUUUUUCUUAUUUUCCAAACUCAAAAGGAUACUCAAAGGACAAUGUUUUUCGACGAUAGAUGAGAUAAAAGGCAAAAUCGCAAACUGUGCUCUAGACAAUGCCUAAAAGAGACGUUCCACUAGUGUUUGUCAAACCGGAAACUAUGUUGGCACAACUGUAUAAUAUCACAG